AGAGAGCGGUGUGUGUGUGUGUGAGGAAUUUCGUCAUUUUGUGCUUAUUCGGAUAUAUUACUGUAGUCUUUUUCCGUGUUGAAAAGGACUAUUAGCCAUUCGUCUCUUUGUUUUCAGAUUUUCAAGACCCUUGAUGAAAAGAAGUUGGAGAUAUGUUUAAAAAACUGCUUUGUUUAUUUUUAAUCAUAAUGUUGUGGAUGUCUGGCAUCGAUGUGAAGACGGUGCUUAUAGGAGCCACCUCAUCAGUAUUUGUGGUGUAUGUUGUUGCACCAUUGGUCUGGCACUAUUCCAUUUCUUUACAACGGCAGCUCAUCUUUCUUAAUUAUUUGAAGCUACCGUUAUUUGUUGACCUUGAACAGCCAGAAAAGAAAGGGUUGCCUGGAACAAGGAACUUUUUCUUGGAGACAGACAAGAACGUAAAAGUAGGAGUAUGGCACAUUUUACCACAGUCUUUAGUCUCCUCUGCUCCCAAGAAGGGAACCCCAGACUUCACACAGUGGUUUGAAAAAAGUCUUGGUGAUAGCAGGCCUGUUAUCCUGUACCUCCAUGGCAAUGCUGGGACCCGGGCUGUGCCUCAUCGUGUGGAACUCUAUGAUAUACUAAGAAAGAUGGAUUAUCAUAUAAUUGCAUUUGAUUAUAGAGGAUAUGCUGACUCCAGCUUAGUUCACGUCAGUGAGAAUGGGGUUGUUCAAGAUGCAAAGGCUGUAUAUAGGUACUUGAAGGAAAAAGUAGGGUCCUCACCUCUCUUUCUCUGGGGACACUCCCUAGGGACAGGGAUCUCAACACAUGCUCUAAGGGACCUGUGCUUAGAUGGGGAACAACCAUCGGGUCUUGUGCUCGAGUCACCUUUCAAUAACAUGAAGGAGGAAGUCAAGCUUUGUUUCCUGACUGCUAUAUUCCGCAGAAUGCCAAAGUUUGAAUGGCUUUUCUUGAGUCGUUUAGCUGAAGUUGGUGCAGCAUUCCGGACAGAUGAACACAUCGCAUAUGUGAAUGCACCAAUAUUGAUACUGCAUGCUUUAAAUGAUUGCAUGGUACCUUUCGAACUGGGUCAAAAGCUGUUUGAGACUGCCAAAGGGGUACGACCGCAGACUCUGCCACCUGUCAAGUUUGUAGAAUUUGAUGCCAAGUAUGGCCAUGACUACAUUUGUCGAGCCCCUGACCUGCCACAGAUUAUUAGAGAAUUCUUUAGAGAUGCAGGAGAAGGGAAAAUGUAGUGCUAAUAAAUGGCUGUUUGCUGUACUACUUUCUGAAGGUUGUAUCCAGACUGGUAAGAUAAUAACUACCAAAGAUAUAUAUUAUGUAUUACAAAAUGCAUUUGAAAUCAGAUGAAUAGCUAUGUAUUAGAAUGUGUGUGUGUGUGUGUGUGUGUGUGUGUGUGUGUGUGUGUGUGUGUGUGUGUGUGUGUGUGUGUGUGUGUGUGUGUUUGUGUGUUUGUGUGUUUGUGUGUGUGUGUGUGUGUGUGUGUGUGUGUGUGUGUGUGUGUGUGUGUGUGUGUGUGUGUGUGUGUGUGUGUGUGUGUGUGUGUGUGUGUGUGAUAUAUUUGAUAUAUAAAUAAAAUAUAUAUAUAAUAUAUAUAGUACAUAAGAUGUGUAGUAUAUAUGAUAUAUAUAAUAUAUAUGAUAUAUACGUGUGGUACCUUUGCCAGAAAAAAAAAUGAGACAUUCCAAUAGAUUCUUGUAGCCUACACUGUGUGAAUAUAAGCAAUGUACAUUGUUACGUCAUGAUCUCAUUCCAGAGCAACAUUUAUAUGUUAUAAUAGCAUAAUUAUGCAACCUUAGAAAUAUAUUUUUGGCUCUGAAUAGUGAUUUGAUAUAUAUGCUGUAUGAAAAGUUUUUUUUUCUUUUCAUAAUGGAAUCUUGCCAUGUCAUUACAUUAUGUGUAUCAAAAUUCAUGUAACAGUAGGAUUUUAUUUUUUAUUUUAUUAUUAUUAUUAUUAUUUUUAUUUUUAUUUUUUUAUUCCAAACUCCUUUACAGUUGUGAAUGUAUCUAAGCAUACUGCACUAGCUUCAGUCAAAGAAUAUAUUAUUCUGUUUGUAUAUAUUAAAUCUGAUAUAAAGUUUUGUGACAGAGAAAGAUGUUAAAAUCAUCAUGUAUGGGCUGAAGUAGGAAAAAACUGCAGAGAUAGAGGGUCCAGGAUUGAGGUAGAGGGAAUGGGGUGUGGUCAGCUGUGUGUUGAGUCCUCAUGGGAACAAUCUGUAUGUUAAUAUUACUUGUUUCCUUUAGGUGUUAUCUUAUUGUGUUCUUUGACUUUCUCUUUUUCUUUUCAUGACCUGUGGCAAAUGUAUUACACAUGGUGUAUCCCAGGCCAAACAAACAAAUGUUCACUAGCUGUUGCCUUGUACCAUUUGUUGCAAGAGUUUUAAGAAAAUUGCCUUUGUUUUACAUGUAAUUGAUCUGAAACUGCCAUUCCCACUUGCUGAAUCCAGGGCACUUAUCCCUUUAACCCAGUGGAUCAGGGUGACAUGACCUCAUCAUGAAAAAAAUUGGCAGAGGGCCAGGGUGAUGGGAAUGUGCCAUAAUGAAAAAAAUUGCCUGAGGGCUGAGUGAUAGGUAUGAGUCAUUAUGAGUGCAUAAAACACUUGGAGGAAGAUUAGUUUCACUGGGCAUUUAGGAAGGGGCUCUUGCAUUAUUUCCACCAACAAACAAGGGUGGAAUGUACCAUCUGUGACCCAUAUCUAGAAGAGCACUGGCUCUAGCGAGGACACUAUCUCCACGCCCAGGAACCUGUAUCUUCCUGCCGUGACUGGUGGCAUGGAAGGUGUGUUACAGAAAAUUUAAUAAUAGGAAAAUAUUUAAAAUUACAGAAAUGGCACUUUUACUUAUAUUAUUAUUGCACAAAGUUGUUGUAGACUACCAAGAGAAAUAACAUGGAAUCUGCUCUGCAAAAACAGGGGGGGGGGGGGGGGUUAGUUGAUGAUUGAAUGUGCUACACACCAAAAUUCAUAUAGCAGUUGAGAAAAAUGUGGCAUUGAAAAGGGCAAAGAGUGGUGAUGUUAGAGAGGGUGAGUAUACAUGGGCUAAGGUAGGAAUUAACAAGGGUGAUUAGAUCAAAGAGUUCAAAGUGUGGGAUUCUGCAAGGAUGUCCGUAGGGUAAAGUACAGUUCCAGGAGAAAUGUCAUGAGGGCAAAAAUCCAGGGAAGGGGGUUGUUGUGACAAAACAAAGUUAUGUGUAUAUCCAGGAGAAAGCUGAAGGUGUAACCGGGAAGGAAGAGUGGAUGAUGUUGAUGAAGCAGGGUGAAUAGGAUAUAUUGGGAGGGAGUGGGAGGAAGAGGAGUCAAGGAAUCUUCACAUGACACAUAAGUACAUGAUGUAUAAGCCAAGCCUACAAGAUACAACUUUAGAGAGUCACCACUCAAGUGUAAUGCCUUGGUCUUGGCAACUAUAUCCAGUGGGUGCAAUUAGAAGAGCCAUAAUGCACACAGUUAAGGAUGAAAUGUUGGGUUGGGAUAGUUUUAGAUGAUAUAGAAUCAAUUUUUUUUUUUUACCAC